CCUGGAAAGCGAGCAAACAUGUGCACCGGGCUUCUCCGAUCAGCCAUGGAUGCGAUGCCCACAUUUCUUGAGAGGCACAAGUGAGAAGGCCCGAGUUGUGGUUUCGGUCCGAUGGGCAACAAAACAUGAAAUGUCGUUUUUUUUUCUCUUCCUUUCUCCCGUUUAUCCCAACCGGGCUAGGAACGUUUGGCGAUUCAUCUCGGUGUUUUUUUAGGGGUGAGGGGCGGGUUUCUUUUCCGGAGGGAGAGUUUUUGUCAGCCAGAAAAGGGAUAGCCGUAAGGCACCAUAACGCGCGUUAUAUUCCCCCAAUUGUAUUAUUUUGUUUCCCUCCAAUGGCUUGUCCCUUUUUCUUUUCUUUCUUUACAAUUUCAAUAGUGCAAUCUCUCCUCUCUCUCUCUUUCUGGGAAAAUAGAAAGAUCGAUAUGCGGUCCGUGGCAUUAAUUAGCCACAACCAUUACUUACUUACACAAAGCCAUUACGGAUAUUGUAAUUUGUCUUAUGUCAUGUAUUUGCCUCAUGCGAUCAACGGUCAGAGUAUCGUGACAUGUUUAUGCGUUUCAACGUGUGUCUGUGUGCGCGUGUGUGCCAAGGAUGGCGAAGAGAUGCUCGGCAUGCGAUCGACUUUGCGACUCAUGUUGGAAGGGCAUCGAAUCGGACCCUCGCCCCCCUCCCCACCUUGUUUGAUCAUCGAGCUGAACGCUUGAAAAGUAGAGACUGCCUUGCAACAGAUGCGUCAAGCGUUUGAGCAGCCCUGGGCAGGACAGACGCAAUGUAUACUAUAUGUGUGCAAUAGCCGGCAGAUACGAGGCUGGUCGUGACGCUCUAGUAUGCAUUUGGGACAAACCGGUCUUGGGCUCAAGCGUCAUCCGCAAUGCACAUGCAUACUAUGUACCUGUGUAAGUACAGGGUAUGGGAGUUUGGGCUUGAGCAUGGGGGUUGGGGGGGAGGAGGUUUGGUAAAACCGGACCAUACAAAAUGUGUCCCAAGCUGCUAAAGUUACGUACGUAACAGAACCCCGUUGACUUUCCCGCCGGGUAUAUGUGAAAAAAUUACUCAAAGAUAAGCAAAAUAACAAAGAUUGUGCUGGAAAGAGAUAGAAAUACAGGUAUUGAUGGAAAGUAAA